UUUUGUACCAAGAGGAGGGGAGAAAUUCUGGAGGAAGUUCAACAUGAUGAAGGUGGUCAAGAUCAAAAAAGUAGAAGGCACAUAACAGGCCACCGAAUCGUCCAGGCGGAAAAGACAGAUGUGUUGAGAGCUGAUGAAAUUGGCGGCCUGAAAUGUCGUGAUACCAAUAUUUAAGAGAGAAAGAUAAUUUUAUUAAAUUAGUAAUUCAGAUAUAAUUUAACUUCACAGGUUGUUAACAUUAUGCAAUUCCCAGUCUCUUCAACUUCGAAACUCUGUCGCCCGUCUCUCUCACCCAGCUAAUUGUUGACGAGCUAUUCAACUGCUUCAGUCCCACCCCACUCCUUUUCUCCAACCUUGUCUUGUACACUAUGAUUCCCCAUGUACCUCGUCCGUUUAUCGACACUAUCACCCUCGACCUCAUCACUACCUACGAAUUCAACACUCAUCAACUCUAUUCCUUGCGAAUCUCUAUGAUUUCCACUCAAUUUGACUUUACAUCCCAUUCCUUUACUAUAUCUCUCCCUACUAACAAAAGCUAUCCAUCUCUCCCAUUAACCAAUAUAGAUAACAACUCAUUUCUUCGAUCUUCGCUCUCUGCUGCAGAACUUUUGUCAUAUUUAAGAUACAAACAACGUAUAUUUGAAAGUAUUGUCAUUAGUAACACUGAUUCUUCUGUAUCUGAAGGAGAGGUUAAAAGAAAGAGAACACUUAGUUACUUUGGUGGUAGCGGUGUAAAGAAGUGGGAUCCAAAAUCUAUGGCAAUCGAAUGUUUCGAAUUCAUGCUGGUAUACAUAUUUAACCUAUAAAAUUGCUUUUCACUGAGCACAAGUAUGUUAAGGACUCGUUUAUAACUAAAUUUUCUUGAAUAAAUUGGGCUUUUUUUUUGUAUAUUCUCUUUUGAUUCUUUCAACUGAAAAACUCGAAAUAUUAC